CUGACACUUAAGAGGGUUAAUAUAUCCUGAGGAAUUCAGUGCAUAAAGCCUUAACCGCUGUCAUAGUGUCACUCAUGAUGUACAGCUUCAUGGGAGGGGGCCUCUUUUGUGCCAUCGUGGGGAACAUCUUGUUGGUGGUCUCUACAGCCACAGACUACUGGAUGCAGUACCGUCUGUCUGGCAGCUUUGCCCAUCAGGGCCUGUGGAGGUACUGCAUGUCUGGCAAGUGCUACAUGCAGACUGACAGCAUUGCCUACUGGAAUGCCACUCGUGCUUUCAUGAUCCUCUCUGCCAUGUCAUGCUUUGCUGGCAUCAUUGCAGGAAUCCUCUCCUUUGCCCACUUUUCAGCCUUUGAGAGGUUCAACCGCUCAUUUGCUGCUGGGAUCAUGUUCUUUGUUUCAACUCUCUUUGUCCUGCUUGCAAUGGCCAUUUACACUGGAGUGACAGUGAACUUCCUGGGCAAGCGUUUUGGUGACUGGCGCUUUUCUUGGUCCUACAUACUAGGCUGGGUUGCACUGCUCAUGACCUUCUUUGCAGGUAUAUUCUACAUGUGUGCCUACAGAAUGCAUGAGUGCAGAAGAGUGGCUGGCCCACGUUAA